CGUCUGGGCCAACGCUACUUGCAGCCUAAGAUGGCCUGGGGUCACUGUUCUAUUCCCAUGGCUGGGCGCAGGUUUGCAGAGGUAGGGCAGCCUACAGGCCGCCGCUGAAGCGUGCUAAACGCGGCCUGGAAUGCUCGGAAGCUCUCUACCGCAAAUGUGAGCGGUGUGUGGGCGAUGGUUUUUGCCUAGCGAGGUGAUAGGGCUCAAGUUCAGGGCCGGUUAAUGGAGGCCAGGAUAUAUCGGACUGUUAAACGCAGCCCAGGCUCCGGACUACAUUUCCCAGAGUGCACCGUUCCCCCGGCAACUUCCUGUCAGCGCUCUGUCCCUUUCGCAACGAUAGGGAAAUAGGGGAACCUUUCACCAUCAAGGGACGGCAGGACAGGAAAGAGCCAAGGUCCCAGACAGUGCUGAAGCAUCAUGAGACCUCUCCGCAUCUGGGCAUGGAUGGGUGGCCAACUCUGGAGCCCAAGCUGUUGCUUCCUGGUCUGGUGGUGAAUCCUCCGUAGUCUGCUCUGCUUUCUCAGCACAUUGCUUCAUCAAGAGAAGAAUCGAGAGGAAGACCGGUAGACUUGGAAUGUUAAGUCAUGGCUCAUUUGAUGUUCAGGGACGUGGCUAUAGAUUUCUCUCAAGAGGAGUGGGAGGGCCUGGACCUGAAACAGAGGGAUUUGUAUAGAGAUGUGAUGUUGGAGAACUACAGCAACAUGGUUUCACUGGGUCUUUGCAUUUAUCAGCCAGAUGUGUUCUCUUUAUUGGAGAAAGGGAAAGAGCCCUGGAAGAUUUUGACGGAUGAGACAAGAGGACCUUGCCCAGACAUGCAAUCCAGGUGUCCAAUCAAGAAGUUAUUACCAAAAAAUGGCAUUUUUGAGAGAGAAAUAGCCCAACUGGAAAUAAGGAAAAUUUGUAAAAACCACAGCCUUGAAUGUUUGUGUUUUAGAGGUGAUUGGGAAGGCAAUGUUCAGUUUCAGACACUACAAGAUAAUCAAGAGGAAUGUUUCAAGCAGGGGAUACUCACCUAUGUUAAAAUGCCCACUUUUAACCGACACCCAGACUUUAAUCUGCACCAGAGACUUAACACAGGAGACAAACUGAAUGAAUUUAAAGAAUUGGGGAAAGCCUUUAUUUCUGGCUCAGAUCAUACUCAACAUCAGUUAAUUCACACAAGUGAGAAAUUCUGUGAAGAUAAAGAAUGUGGAAAUACCUUUCUUUCUGAUUUGGAGGUUACUCAAUAUCAGACAGUUGACACUGUUAAAAAAACAUAUGAAUGUAAAGAAUGUGGGAAGUCUUUUAGUUUACGUUCGAGUCUUACUGGUCAUAAGAGAAUUCAUACCGGAGAGAAACCUUUUAAAUGUAAGGAAUGUGGAAAGGCCUUUAGAUUUCAUUCACAACUUAGUGUCCAUAAGCGAAUUCAUACUGGUGAGAAAUCUUACGAAUGUAAGGAAUGUGGGAAGGCCUUUAGUUGUGGCUCAGAUCUUACUCGACAUCAGAGAAUUCAUACCGGUGAAAAACCCUAUGAAUGUAGUGAAUGUACAAAGGCCUUUAGUCAGCGAUCACAUCUUAUUAAACAUCAGAGAAUUCACACUGGUGAAAAACCUUAUGAAUGUAAGGAGUGUGGGAAAGCUUUUACUCGUGGGUCACAUCUAACUCAGCAUCAGAGAAUUCAUACUGGUGAGAAAUCUCAUGAGUGUAAGGAAUGUGGAAAAGCCUUUAUUCGUGGUUCAAAUCUUGCUCAACAUCAGAAUGUUCAUGUUGGUAGGAAACCUUAUGAAUGUGAGAAAUGUGGGAAAGCCUAUAUCUGGAGCUCACACCUUGCUCGACAUCAGCGAAUUCAUACUGGUAGGAAACCUUAUGAAUGUAAGCAAUGUGGGAAGACUUUUACUUGGGCUUCAUAUCUUGCUCAACAUGAGAAAAUUCAUAAUGAGAGGAAAUCCUAUGAAUGUAAAGAAUGUGGAAAGACCUUUCCUCACGGCUCAGAGUUUAAUCGACAUCAGAAAAUUCAUACUGGUGAGAGAAACUAUGAAUGUAAGGAAUGUGGAAAGACCUUUUUUCGUGGUUCAGAACUUAAUCGACAUCAGAAAAUUCAUACUGGAAAGAGGCCAUAUGAAUGUGAAGAAUGUGGAAAAGCCUUUCUCUGGGGUUCACAACUUACUCGACAUCAGAGAAUGCAUACUGGUGAGGAACCUUAUGUAUGUAAAGAAUGUGGGAAAUCUUUUAUCUGGGGUUCACAGCUUACACGACAUAGGAGAAUUCACACUGAUGGAGAACCUUAUGGAUGCAAGAAAAGUAGCCACAUCUUUAGUCACCAUUCAUAUUUUGCUGAACAAAAAAUUCAUAAUGGUGCAAAUCUCUGUGAAUGGACAGACUAUGGGAACACCUUUUGUCAUGAUUCAAACUUUGCUGAAUACCAGAGUAUUUACACUUUUGAGAAAUCCUAUGAAUUUAAAGAUUUUGAGAAAGCAUUUUCUUCAAGCUCUCACUUCAUUUCACUCUUGUGACAUAUUAUUAUGUACAAGUGUAGGAAAGGCUUUA